AUGAGAUUUCCAUUGUCGUGGUCUUGGCGCACGGUUACUCCGUUCUUGAUUCUCCAAGUCAUCCCCACCAAGGCCUUCAGCCAUGCCACUUGCCACCCUAACUCCACCUCGCUAGAUGUCGAGGUUCUACCAGCUUUCUUUCAGCCUCUGCUCCCUCCCAAGGGGCUCCUGGGCCUUUGGGUGACGGUGAAGCCCUUGAACCCUGACCAUCGCCUCCAAGGGCCGCCGCCGCUGCUGUCCUCCUCCCUCUUUGUGGUCCUCUUCCGUCAACACAACUGCUCCUUCUCCAAGAAGACCUUUCACGCCCAACAAGUGGGCUCCCACACCGCCUUGGUGCGCAACGUAAGUUCCCAAAUGCUGGAGAAACUGGUGACUGAGCCGGGAACCCAGUGGCACCUUCACAUCCCAGCUGUGUUCUCCGCGGAAGAGACAGCCAGGAUCCUCAAACAUCUACGUCGCUCUGGGAAGUCCCUUCUCGCCCUCCCAAGGCAUGGACCUUUUCAUUUCGCCUGGAAAGUUGCUUCUCGGACCUCCCAUCUCAAGGUGGUACGAAGCUCCUGCCACUGUCUCCUCCAGCCGGCUGGCUUUUGUUGCCAGAUUGCCAUGUUCUACACCUGUUGGGUUGUCUGCCUUACCACGUCCGCCACCUUUAUUGCCAUGAUGCUGACGGAGCACUAUCUAUCCUGGAGCAAGAGAAAAAGAAUGAGGCGAAACCGCCUUCUCCAAGAAUACGCCAAUGAACCGGUCCGCCUUUCGUUGACCGGCUCCAAAUACCAAGAAUGCGCCAUUUGCUUGGACCGCUACCUGCAGUAUGACGGCGUGAAGGUGCUCUCGUGUUCCCACGCCUUUCACAGCAGGUGCAUCGACCUCUGGCACAUCACCCAAGCCAGAAAUAAAACCUGCCCUCUCUGUAUGCAGAAAGUCAUGGUGGUCACCCACUUGAUGGCCAUGAGGCUAUGGCAACAAGAGAAGUCGGUGGGACGUUGCCCGCUGACCGAGAACAAGCCGUACCCAACCUGCAACCACGUUUCCUGUUGGCAGAGCCACGUCGUUCCCCUUUCUGAAAAUUAA